GUUGUCCUCUUCUUCAACUGGAGUUGAAAGUUAAAACGUCUGUCGCUCGUCAUGACGGUCUUACAUCGAUGAAGGGAUUUUACACAAGGAAUUAAGGGGAAACGGCACUUUAGACUGGUGUAAAUAUGGCUCAUCGUUCCCAGUGCUCCUCUGCCGGGGACAAUCCCCUGGACCCCAACUACCUGACCCCUCAUUACCGUGAGGAAUACCGAAUGGCGAUUGACGCCCUGGUUGAAGCUGACUUGGAGGGCUACUAUGGGUUUCUUCAGGAAGCAGAUGUGGUUGAUUUCUUAUCCCGUUCAGAGACUGAGUAUAUCAAAUGCAUGGUGCAGGCUCCACAUCACACUGCCCAACCAGAGAGGCGAUACAUGGCUGAAGAUGUAGAUGGCUCUUCUGACACUUACUGGCCGGUACAUUCAGACCAUGAUGCUCCGAGCCUGGACCUAGGAUGGCCGCAGCAAUUCAGAUUUGUUGGACCCACUGAGGUCACUACGUUGGUGAAUCCGUCUGAUCCCGAGAUGCCCAGUAUCAAGGAGCAAGUCCGCAGAAUGAUCAAGAAUGCACAACAAGUUAUCGCUGUGGUAAUGGAUAUGUUUACAGAUGUUGACAUCUUUGCUGAUAUCCUUGGUGCAGCUACACGUGGUGUCGCUGUUUAUGUUCUUCUUGAUGAACUGAAUGCUCACCAUUUUGUUGCGAUGGUGAACAACUGUAGGGUGAAUCUGGAUGAAAUAAAAUUCAUGCGGGUAAGAACUGUGUCUGGUAGUAGCUACUACUGCCGAACAGGAAAGACCUUCAAAGGUCAGAUGAUGGAUCGCUUUAUACUGGUAGACUGCAGAGCUGUUUUAAGUGGCAACUAUAGCUUCAUGUGGUCUUUUGAGAAGAUACAUCGCUGUCUUGCUCAUCUCUUUCUGGGACAGCUUGUAACCACCUUUGAUGAAGAGUUUCGGAUUCUCUUUGCCCAUUCAGAGCCACUGGUUGUUGAAAAUGUUUUGGCAAUUAUGCCGCACUCUAGUGGAGAACCCGAAAGCUACUACAACACAGAAAAGACCCACAUGUUUAACAGAGAAUAUCCAACUAUGGGCAUGGAAUGGGCUGGGCGUACUACAGAAGAUCAUAUGAAAUUGGGUUACAAAAUGUUACCCUUUAGGAGUGAAUCCAUCCACAGUGCAGCAGAAGCAAAUCCCUCUGUUCAGAGGAAUAUGAACCUGCAUGCUGCCCAGCAAUAUAGAGGGGACCAUCAAUUUAUAGAGCAUGGAAGGCAAAUGAGAGGACCAAAUGAAACGGUUGGCUUCAAAAGACAUAGCAGUGGAAAUAUUCCUGAUUAUGAAUACAUGCCCCCUCAAAACCAUCCAACAAUAAGAGGAAAGCAGUACAAGGAGGGAGCAAUUCCCCACGUUGGACACUUUGCACAGGAACCAUGUAUUCACAAGGGAGCUGGAUUACAAUCUGGUUAUGACAUGUAUGGAAGAUUUAGAGGCCAAGGCCAACACAUUGAUCAGUUUUCAGGGCCUGGCUACCCUCAUGAGGGAGAAGAAGAUGAACCACCUGGAGUUUAUGACCAUAUUCAAAGAUACUUGCAGUCUCACCCUGCUAUGGAGGAAGGACAUGGUCCAAGAAAUGUAUUACCACCUGUGCAGUCCAAUCUCAAGAGACAUAGCAUGGGACAGUCUUAUACAUGUCAGACCUCCCCAACACAACCAAACCCGCCAGAACAGAAAUUUUUCUUCAAUGUAAGCCGCAAAGCACAGGAUGUGAGUCAAAAGCAAGGCCUGCGGGACUGGAGGAUCAGCUCAUACCUUAGUGCAUAUGAUGAUGCAGGAGAGCUGGAUUUAGCUGAACUUGAAGGAUCCACUGCAUGUGAUGACAUUCCAUGUUUUACGCAGGAAGCUCCCUGUGGCCCCAUACGUGCUGAAAUUAGACUAGGAAAUAGAGAGUUUAACAGGAUACCUUCACCUAGGGAAAAUCCCAUGUUUGUCCAAAUUCAGAAUAAUUCUAUUGUGCCUGACAGUUCAGUUAAUCAUCCAUCUGACUUAUCACAAAUAAAUAUCAAAACAACACCAGCAUCAACUUCAGAGUCUUCUUGCACCACUGAGGGUGACAAAGUGGAGGAGACGCAGAAUAGAGAACCUAAAGAGACUAGCCGGAUAAGUGAAGAGUUCCUCAAGAGGAAACCCAGCCGACAUGUCCAGAGGAGUUCCAGACUGAGACACUCACUGAUAUUCAGUUCAAAUUUGGAGUUGCAUGCAUCAGAAGAGAUGAAAGAUGCUGGUGGAGAAAAAGAUGGAGAUGACGCUUCUAAACUUUCAGCUCGUGUGUCACAAAUCUUGGAUAAAAGGAGGACUGGUUCUCCAUUUCAACCAUUCCAGUGGAGCAGUUAUGUAAAGUCAGCCACAUUUGAUAACUCCGCCUCAGAGUCUGCACAACCUGAGGAUGAACUGAACAAAAUGGGUGAAAAUUCUGAUGUAGAUAAGGUUGAAAACUGCCAAAAUCUUAGAAAGAAUUCAAUAAAGGGUGAUCUGCAAGAAAAAGAUCUGCCUCAAACAGUUCCUGAAACAAACAGCCAAAGGGAUGAAUGCCCAUCUAAUUUAUUGCAAAAGUCAUCUUCUUUCAUAGAUAUGAAUGACCCUGACUGUAGACUGAGGUAUUUCAAAGAGUUAGCAGCAAAACGCAAACUUGAAGCAGCAAAGGCUUCUCAGAGCAAUCCUAUGAAAGCCACCCAAAAGUUUACUCUACCAGAGAAACCGUCAACUAUUGACGCAGAUAAAACAACAGGACAUGUUUUCAAGAUCCCAGAAACUCCACUCAAGUCAAAAAAUACAUUUUUCACAGUAACAGAGAUCAAAGAAACCUAUAAAGACACCAAAUGUAAGGAAUCGAGUAAAGACAUCCUACACAGAGCUACUGAUGCUGAAAAAAUUAGAUUUAAGAAAAAACUUGCAGAAGAGUCUGGCUCAUCUUUAAAAAUUUUCAAGGGAGACAUUGAUCAAGCUCUAAAAGAAGAGGCAAGAACAGUAUCUACAGCUAAAAACCAGACACCCCCCGUUUUAAAUUUUUUUUCACAAAAACCUCUCUGUGCCUCACAAAAUCAAGUAGUUUCUGUUGCAUUAGAUACUACCUCAACAAAAUCUGGCCUCAACCAAUAUCGUAUUUCUAAAGAAACAGAUCCCUCCCAUGCCGUUCUGACUGAGAGUUGUCUGCCUAUAAAGUUACCACAGACAAAGUGUGUGUCAUCACUACGCACCACUCCAAAUGAGGGAAGUCUAUCUGCAAAUGACUCACAAACUCUUGCACAGAGCUUACCCAAUAUUUUUGGCACAUGCUCUGAUACUGUGCAUCUUGAUUCUAAUUCAACAGCAAACCUUGCAAUUGUAGAUACUUGUGUACCUUCAAAAAAUGACCACAAAGAUACAGUUCCCUCCCCAGCAUUUUACCAUACAACUGGAAUUAGUUCCACCAAACACUCCACUGCAAUAAAGGCAGACUUUUCUCAGCACCUCAAUGAAACUGGGGCAGAUUUUUCUAAACACUCCACCGCAGUAGGGGCUGAACCAUCUACAGCAGAAAAUGUGUAUUUCCAACACCACUCUGCAACAGAGAAAAACUCUUCUCAACAGCAUACCUUAAUAGAAUUGGACUCUUCCAAACCACCCACUACCACAGAAAGUGAACCCUCACGAAAAUCUACUUCAACAGAGGCAGACUCUUCUCAACACACUCCUGCAUCUAAAAUAGACUGUUUUCAACAGCCUGCUGCAGUGAGGAAAGACUUUUCCCUGCACCCCACUGCUACAGAAUGUGGAACUUCAAAAAACUUCCCUAUUACAACAGAAACUGACUCUUUCCAACAGCCAACUGCAGCAAAAAGUGAAUCGUCACAUCACUCCACCACAAUUAAAGCAGCCUCUUCUCAACAGCCUACUGAAACAGGAGAUUACUCUUUUCAGCCCCCCACUAAAUCUGGGACAGACUUUUGCCAACACUCCACUGCAGUAGAAAGUGAAAACUCUGAAAAAUCCACUGCAGUGCGGACAGACCCUACUACAGCAAGAAAUAAACCUUCCCAACAGUGCACUGACGUAUCUUCAGACUUUUCCAAACAUCCCCCUGCAGUGAAGGUAAAUUCUUCCCAAAACCCCACUGCAGCAGAGAUUAACUCUUCUGAGCAGUCUGCUGCAUCAGUGAUAGACUCUCCCCAACACCACAUGGCAAAAGAAAGUAAAUGUUCGCUAAAACCCACUGUAUCGGGUACACAACCUUUCAUACAGCUAAAUGCAUCUGCUGCAGCCACUUCACAACAUCCCAGUGCAGUGGAGGCAGACUCCUCCCAACAGCCCACUGCAACAGCCACGGACUCUUCUCAACACCCCACUGCAACAGCCACAAAUUCUUCUCAGCAACCCACUCAAAUGGAGAAAGACCCUUCUCAAAAGUCCACUGCAGUGGAGACAUACUAUUCCCAGCAUGCCGCUGCAGCAGUCACAGACUCUUCUCAGCACCCCACUACAACAGUCACAGAUUCUCCUCAACAACCCAUUGCAAUGGAGGCAGACCCUUCUCAAAAGCUCACUGCAUCAAUGGUAGACGCAAUUGAACAGCUAACUGCAUCAGAGGCAGACACUCCCAAGUCCCACACUACAACAAAAAGUGACCUUUCCACAGAGACCGACUCUUCCCGGGAGCCCACUGCAGCGGUCACAGACUCUUCUCAGCAGCCCACUGCAAAAGAGACCGACUCUUCCCAGCAGCCCACUGCAACAGAGACCGACUCUUCCCGGGAGCCCACUGCAGCAGUCACAGACUCUUCUCAGCAGCCGACUGCAAAAGAGACCGACUCUUCCCAGCAGCCCACUGCAAAAGGGACCGACUCUUCCCAGCAGCCCACUGCAACAGAGACCAACUCUUCCCGAGAGCCCACUGCAGCAGUCACAGACUCUUCUCAGCAGCCCACUGCAACAGAGACCGACUCUUGCCGGGAGCCUACUGCAGCAGUCACAGACUCUUCUCAGCAGCCCACUACAACAGAGACCGACUCUUCCCAGCAGCCCACUGCAACAGAGACUGACUCUUCCCGGGAGCCCACUGCAGCAGUCACAGACUCUUCUCAGCAGCCAACUGCAAAAGAGACCGACUCUUCCCAGCAGCCCACUGCAACAGAGACCGAAUCUUCCCGGGAGUCCACUGCAGCAGUCACAAACUCUUCCCAGCAGCCCACUGCAACAGAGACCGACUCUUCCCAGCUGCCCACUGCAACAGAGACCGACUCCUCCCAGCAGCCCACUGCAACAGAGACCGACUCUUCUCAGGAGCCCACUGCAGCGGUCACAGACUCUUCUCAGCAGCCCACUGCAAAAGAGACCGACUCUUCCCAGCAGCCCACUGCAAAAGGGACCGACUCUUCCCAGCAGCCCACUGCAACAGAGACCAACUCUUCCCGAGAGCCCACUGCAGCAGUCACAGACUCUUCUCAGCAGCCCACUGCAAAAGAGGCCGACUCUUCCCAGCAGCCCACUGCAACAGAGACCGACUCUUCCCGGGAGCCCACUGCAGCAGUCACAGACACUUCCCAGAAAUCCACUUCAACAGUCACCGACUCUUCCCGGGAGCCCACUGCAACAGAGACCGACUCUUCUCGGGAGCCCACUGCAGCGGUCACAGACUCUUCUCAGCAGCCCACUGCAAAAGAGACCGACUCUUCCCAGCAGCCCACUGCAACAGAGACCGACUCUUCCCGGGAGCCCACUGCAGCAGUCACAGACUCUUCUCAGCAGCCCACUGCAAAAGAGACCGACUCUUCCCAGCAGCCCACUGCAACAGAGACCGACUCUUCCCGGGAGCCCACUGCAGCAGUCACAGACUCUUCUCAGCAGCCCACUGCAAAAGAGACCGACUCUUCCCAGCAGCCCACUGCAACAGAGACCGACCCUUCCCGGAAACCCACUGCAGCAGUCACAAACUCUGCAACAGAGAUAGGUUUUUCCCAGAAGCCGACUGCAGCAGACAAAGACUGCUCCCAGAAGAUCACUUCAACAGGCACAGUCUCUUCAGACACAGACUCUUCCCAGCAGCCAACUGCAACAGAGACAGAUUCUUCCCCUGAGCCCACUGCAGCAGUCACAGACACUUCCCAGAAGUCCACUUCAACAGGCACAGACUCUUCCCAGCAGCCCACUGCAAUAGAGACUGCCUUUUCCCAGGAGCCCACUGCAAAAUACACAGACUCUUUCCAGCAGCCCGUUACAACAGAGGAAGACUCUUCCCGAGAGCCCACUGCAGCAGACACAGACUUCUCCCAGAAGUCCACUGCAACAGAGACAGAUUCUUCCCCUGAGCCCACUGCAGCAGUCACAGACACUUCCCAGAAAUCCACUUCAACAGUCACAGACUCUUCCCAGAAGACCACUGCAACAACCACAGACUCCUUCCAGCAGUCUUUUGCAACAGAGACAGAUUCUUCCCAGCUGCCCGCUGCAAAAGAGACAGACUCUUCCCAGAAACACACUGUAACAGCCACAGACUCUUUCCAGCAGUCUGUUCCAACAGAGACUGACUCGCUCCAGCAGCUCAGUAUAACAGAAAGUGAGUUUUCCCAAAAUCCCUCCAAAAUGUGGACAGACACUUCCAAACAUCCUAUUGAAACAGAAAAUGAAUCCCUUCAAGACAUCACUGCAACAAAGUCUGACUGUGUGAAUGAGAAAAAAGAUGAGAACUUAUCCGAAGCCUUUAGCAAACUAAUACCCAUUCCAGAGGCUAACAAUACUCAAAAAGAAAAUAGCAUAUCUCAAAAUGCAGUCAUCACAGACUCAAGUUCCCCAGCUAAACAUUCCCAAUCUGAAACUGUUACACCUUGUGAUAGCCAAGUGGAACUAAACCAAACACAAGCAUGGGCCAAACCAUGUAUAACUCCUACAGUUAAAGACACAGACAAUGGUGCUUUAACUAGUCUUGAUUCAGUGGAGGUGAGCUCAACUCAGUCUCAAGGUUCUCCAGAGCCUUGCCUGUCCUCGAAUGAGAUCAACUCAACUCAGGGAAUAACACAAUUACAAUCUAGCUUUUCAUCAAACCCUAUGGAAUCUAGCUGUCAAAAUGACUCAAAGCCUGAGAAAACAGAUGAGUGCCAGAAAUCUGACACAGAGCAAACUCAGAAUCAUGACACUUCAGCUGUAGAUGCAGGGCCCAAGAUAGCUCACAUAGAAGUUUCUACAGCAACAGACUCUAACGAGGUUGAUAAAUUUAAACAAACAACACCAGAGGUAGAAAACACUGUGACUAACUUUGCAGAGGUGUCAGAAAAAUCACAUUUGACUGUACACAGUAAUUCAAGUAAGUCUUCUGUUGCAGAGAAUGCAAAAUCGAUAAAGUCUGCCCAUCAGACAUCUACUGCAAAUGUUAUCUCUUGCAGCAACCUUAGAGAUGACACUAAAGUUCUUUUAGAGCAAAUUUCAGCAAAGAACCAAAGCAGAUCUUCCCAGUCCAAGCAGACCCUUGCUGCACCCAAUGAAGCCAAAAAGGGUGAGGUUAGUUCUGCAGAUAAAUUGUUUUCAAAUAAUUCAGGAAGGCCCUGGUCCUCCAAGGCUACACCAGAAGAGCGGGAGAUGUUACUACAAAAGAUGGAGCAAAUGCGUAAAGAGAGGAAGGUCUACAGCCGUUUUGAGACCUCGUGAAUUAAACCAUUGGAAGAGGGGCUCCAAUGAUGAACAAUAAGAGGAAAGCGAUUUUGCCUGAUUUUUUUUACCUCAUAACUGUGAACCUGCACAAACUUGGAUUGAAGUGUCUAAUAACUUCUGAUUAUACCAAAGAGUGCUGCCUAUAUUGAGAGAAUAGAAAUCCCUGCAGGGCUUAACAAGCUAUGCAGAUGAUCUGUGUGACAAAACAGGAACUCAACCUUUACCGGCUGGAAUAAGCUUUUGAUAGGGCAAGUAUUUCUCUGUGUGUGUGUAUAUAUAGUGUAGCUGUGAAACACAUUUCUGAAUCUUUUGUAGUUAUUGGGAGUUCUAUAUUCAGAAAUUAUGAUCUGAUAUAAAUACUGUAAAUAGAGAGUUGUUUACAUAACAAAAACAAGGAGAUAA